AAAACGGCGCGUUGUUGACAGUAAUUAUUAUACGUUGUGGUACCUACUUAUUUAUUUGUGAUUUGUUUAAUAAUAGUAGUGUAUUUUAAUUGAAAAGCGAUUUCUAAGUUAGUAAUUAUAAAAUUCAACAUAUAAAAUGAGUUUCACAUUCGGCCAACCAACUACUACGGCAGGCGGCACUUUUGGCACCUCUCCGGCUCAAGGGUCGCUAUUUGGAGGAGGAGAUGCAACCAAAGCGUUCCAAUCGCCAACAGAAAACAAAGGUGGUUUAUUUGGAGGUGGGGCAGCAAGUACACCAGCAUUUGGAAGCUUCGCUUUUGGCGCUAAAACUACAACCACUACAUCCAGUUUGUUUUCAACACCCGCUCAAAGCACACCAGCAUUUGGUGGUAGCAAACCUUUAAACUUUAGUUUUUCCUCACCUCCAAAUCAAAAUGUCGGCAGCCCUGGCUUUGGACAACCGGCCAAUCAGAAUGCCGCCCAAAACCUGUCUUUCGGCGCCAACACACAAGCACAAAGCACUCCUGCUUUUGGUGCCGCUGCUACCACUACACAAGCAUCAAGUGGAAUAUCGUUCGGUACACCGGCCGCUACGACAGGCGCGGGUUUUGGCUUCGCUAAGACCACGGCAUCUACAUUUAGUUUUAAUACACCCACUUCUGGAUUUUCUGCACCACAACCUACGGUAACAACAACACAAGCCACGCAAGGCACUAGCUUCGCCACCGGUGCAGCUUUCGGACAGAAUGCGUUCGGAAAUAAAACCGGUUUUAGUUUUGCCGGAAAUACAGCAACUACUACUGCUGCUGCGCCUGCUUUCGGCACAACAAGCCAGCCAAGUUCACAAGCGAAUGUAUCGUUCGGUUUCAACAAACCGCAAACAACACAAAACCAAACCGGUUUUGGUUUAACACAACAGCCAGCACAAACCCAACAACAGAACACGGGUUUCGGUUUAACUUCGCAAUCUCAGGCUCAAACCGGUUUUGGAAUGACAUCACAGCCGCAAACAACACAAAAUACCGGUUUUGGAUUAACCUCUCAAGCGCAAACACCGCAAAAUACUGGUUUUGGCAUGACUUCCCAACCGCAAGCGACACAAAACACCGGUUUUGGGUUAACAUCUCAAGCUCAGACCACGCAGAAUACCGGAUUUGGUUUAACCUCUCAGCCACAACAAACAUCUCAACCCAAUUUCGGUUUAACAUCGCAGCCGCAAACGCAAAAUACCGGUUUUGGAUUAACGUCACAAGCUCAAUCAGCUUUCGGGGCUAAAACCACGCAAGCUACCGGGUUUGCCGCGCAAACUGGUUUCACGAGCCAAGCGAAUACCGGUUUUCAAUCCGGUUUGGGUACAAAUGCUACAACUUUGGGUACAGCCACACCUAGUAUGGGUACAAAUAUGAAUUUCAGUGGCACUUCUACUGGCCUCACUUUAGGCACCAGUUCGGCAACUACGGGCAAUACGGGGCUUAACUUAGGCACAAAUACUUCUACGGGACUUAACUUAGCCACUUCAACCGGAUUAGGAACUUCUGGACUUACUUUAGGAACUAGUAGUGGUGGUUUGACUUUGGGUACAAAUACAUCUACUGGUCUUAAUUUGGGUACAACUACAUCUACUGGUCUAAAUUUGGGUACAAGUAGUAGUGGUUUGACUUUAGGUACUAGUACUGGAGGUCUGAAGUUAGGUACAAGUACCGGUGGUCUAAUUUUGGGUACAAGUACCGGUGGUCUGACUUUGGGUACAACAACAUCUACAGGCAUUAAUUUAGGUACGAGUUCCUCUACGGGAUUAACUUUGGGUACGAGCACUGGACUGGGAUUUAGUACUGCAACUACGGGCAUUGGUUUUGGAAAACCUAGCACUGCGGCUACUUCUGUUGUGUCUUCCUCCACACCGUCCGGUAUAACCGCUCUGGGCAAAUCUACAGCAUCGACCAUGCCUUCGCUAGCUACAACCACCACUACUACUACUUCAAUAGCACCUGCAGCGCCCCCACAAGUGAUAUCAGCGAUAACAUUCUCUCAACUUGAAGAAAACAUAAAUAAAUGGACGCUCGAAUUAGAGGAACAAGAGAAAACGUUUAUCAAUCAAGCCACUCAGAUUAAUGCAUGGGAUAGACUGUUGAUUGCUAAUGGGGAAAAGAUAGUAGAACUAAAUGAAGCUGUAGAAACAGUGAAAAGUGAACAACAGAGCUUGGAACACGAAUUAGACUUUGUUCUCGGUCAGCAGAAUGAGUUGGAAGAGCUUUUGGCCCCGCUCGAGAAGCAGCUCGCGGACGGAGAGAGAGUUAGGGACCCGGAGAGAGAACACAUGUAUUCUCUAGCAGAAAACUUGGACAGUCAACUGAGACAGAUGUCGGAGGAUCUAAAGGAAGUUAUAGAGCAUUUGAAUGAGACUAAUCGCAGUCAAGACAGUAACGACCCUAUCGUACAAAUCGGACGAAUUCUCAACGCGCACAUGUCUUCAAUGCAAUGGAUAGAUAACUCCAUAGCACAGAUUUCCACUAAACUCGACCACCUUAAAGCAACCCACGAUACUCUUAGAAGAGAUAACGAAAGAUCUUUUCAAUUGACUUAUAGCUAAAUAUGUUUUGAAAAUAAGAUUUUUUUGUUAAAAUUAUUUGUGAGAAUAACUGUGUAAAUGUUCGUAUUGAUUCAGAAAUAAAUGUGAUGCUG